AAAUACUCUUCCGGAUUUUACAAAAAUCAAUAAGGUCAUAUGUAUACAUGUAGAUCUAUACGUAACCUUAAGCAAAUGGCUACAAGAAAUACGUUACAGCUUUUAAAAACAAUUGUUGAACAUUCAACUAAAGGUGCACUUGGCUUUGAAAACAUUUUGAGUAAGGUCAAAGUAUUAAGCGGUGGGGGUGGUUCAUGCACGUGUGAAAUGCGUGUGGCGGAAGAGCACCAGAACAGAGGCGGUACCUUGCAUGGUGGAAUGACCUGCACUCUGGUAGAUGCUGUAUCUACGUGGGCGCUUCUCGGAACUGAGGAUCCAGUAGCCGGUGUCAGUGUAGACCUAAGUGUGUCGUUUAUGAAAGGCGCUAAAGUUGGAGAAGAUAUUGUCAUAGAUGCAAAGAUGCUUAAAAGGGGAAAAAGACUAGCGUUUUUGACAGUAGAUAUAACUAAUAAACUAGACGGAGUGCUGCUAGCACAGGGAAAACAUACAAAAUAUAUAGGUUGAUAAAAUGAUUGACUCUAGAGAUUUACUGUGAUUAAGCUGUGUUUAGAUAAAAUGAAUUCUUUGACUCAUUUUGACAGUUCCCUGUUUGACAUUGGAUAGUAGUUAUAGAUUAUCAUGAAUGUGUCUGCUUCAGCCUAUCAUGAAUGUGUCUGCUUCAGCCGCAGACAUCUCAGACAAGCCAUGACAUUAUUUAUUUUCAUCUUUCACGCUUUACAGAUCAGUAGAUUGCAUAGAAAUGUUUUAACUCUUAUAAAUCAUAUACAGUGUGGUGUAGUGUAGUCUGAACAGCUAACUUAUUGUAAUUUGGAAAAUUAAUUAACGCUAGUAUUUUUUGAAUUUUGAACAAUACGUCCAUGACAGAUCAUUUUUCACAUGUUCGGUAAUAGACAAGAGAUUCGUCCGCGCGGAAGUGUUAUAAGACACCAGCGAUGGGAGUUUUGUCUACUGGAAAAGCUUGUCUUACACUUCGGGAUGUAAAACAGCUCAUGAGCUGUAAUUUCUGAUUUUAUAAAUUCAUACGCUACUAUAAUAAAUAUGUGUUUCAAAGAAAAGCAGGCUGCAGCCACCAGUGUCAAAAUGUAUACUAAGUCUGAGAAAUCUUGUCAGUUUUUAAGACCAUCCUAUUUAAACAACCAAAAAUAGUUCCAGGCUUUCUAGAGAAACAAUUAUCUUCACAACGUGCAGAUAUGAAAUGCUACAAGGUAUGCCUUAACACCAUUUUUAUGUAAAUUCAGCGGCUAAAAUGAGCACAAACUGAAGUCAACGUUUUAAUGUAUGAAUACAAAUAUGCAAAUUUAUGGUCACGUGAAUAAAAGAUGACCCAAAUUGGCAUGUAGAAAAGGUGGAAACCUAGCUUGGAAAUCCAGACUGACAAAUCCUGGGGAAACUGUGUCCUGACCGCAACACACUAAAUAUAAGAAUACAUGGCUAAAAAUAGAAACGGAGGUUUUCCAAUUUUUCCGGUCCAUAGACAAUACGAGUUAUUUUUUUGUACCUCCCAUAGCUUUUUUAGCUUUAAAUUAAUAUGUCAGAAUAAACUUAAAUGCUCACCAUAGAUAUCAAAUUAUGUAAUAUAUUAUAUAAAUGCCACCCUAGUGAUCUACUUAAGUUGACGAGCGAAAAUGUGACCACAUGUUAAUUAGGUUAUUUAUAGAAUAUCGAUUUCCUCAGGCAUUGACUAUAAAUGCCAUAUUAUGGAAAACCUAAGCUGUCUAAUAAGCAGAAACGCAUUACAUUAUGCUGGUAGUUAUUUAUGUUAAGUUGAUGCAUCUUUAUAUUGAGCGGUUGUUACUUUAUGUUGAGUAGUCCUAUCUUUAUAUAAUUAAAAGUUGAUUGUUCUUUAUAUAAUGUGGAACUGUCCUUAUUUAAAGUGGAUAUGCCUUUAUAUUGUGUGGUUAUGUCAUUAUAUAAAGUGAAUACGUCUUUAUAUCUAUA